GUUAGCCUGUCGGGGAAGCUACCUCGUGGGCGGGGGCCUAAGGAAGCCAAGGGCUCUGGGUCGCCUGUAGGAAGGACCCCUGGCAGUCCCUCCCCUCAGCCUUUUCCUACAUUACUGCUUCUCUCUGCUGGCCCCGGUGUGCUCAGCUCUACCCACUGGCCGCCCGCCUCGAGGGCCGGGUACUGCAACACCCUCUUCUCCCAGCAAGGGGGCUCCAGAGACUACGGGGCUAGGAGGACAGUGUCUUGGUAAUGUCCAGGGCUCCAGGAAGAGAUGUCCCUGUGGCUGGAGGCCCCAGCGCCUGAUAUUUCUCCUGACUCUGCCACAGAGUUGUGGAAGGCAGAAACCCAAGAUGCAAGAAACCAGGGAGGCGACAGCUGCAUCCUCAGGGAGGAGGCCAGGAUGCCCCAAUCAGCUGGUGAUGCUAUAAGGAUGGACUUGGAGGCAGCACAGCCCACAGCCCUCCUCCCCAGGGCAGGGACCUUUCUAGACCCUACAGAGCUUCGUCCACAAAAACGGAAAAAGGGGCCAGCCCCUAAAAUGCUGGGGAAUGAGCUGUGCAGUGUAUGUGGGGACAAGGCCUCUGGCUUCCAUUACAACGUGCUGAGCUGCGAGGGCUGCAAGGGAUUCUUCCGCCGCAGUGUCAUCAAGGGAGCACGCUAUGUUUGCCACAGCGGUGGCCACUGCCCCAUGGACACCUACAUGCGGCGGAAAUGCCAGGAGUGUCGGCUUCGCAAAUGCCGCCAGGCGGGCAUGCGGGAGGAGUGUGUCUUGUCGGAAGAACAGAUCCGUUUGAAGAAACUGAAGCGGCAAGAAGAAGAACAGGCUCAAGCCGCAUCAGCGUCCCCAAGGGUUUCCUCACCUCCCCCAGCCCUGCCACAGCUCAGCCCGGAGCAGCUGGGCAUGAUUGAGAAGCUGGUGGCUGCCCAGCAACAGUGUAACAGGCGCUCCUUUUCUGACCGGCUUCGAGUCACGCCAUGGCCCGUUACACCUGACCCUCAGAGCCGGGAAGCCCGUCAGCAGCGCUUUGCUCACUUCACCGAGCUGGCCAUCGUGUCCGUGCAGGAGAUUGUGGACUUUGCCAAGCAGCUCCCUGGAUUCCUGCAGCUUAGCAGGGAGGACCAGAUUGCCUUGCUGAAGACCUCUGCGAUCGAGGUGAUGCUUCUGGAGACAUCACGGAGGUACAACCCUGGGAGUGAGAGCAUCACCUUCCUCAAGGAUUUCAGUUACAACCGGGAAGACUUUGCCAAAGCAGGGCUUCAGGUGGAGUUCAUCAACCCCAUCUUUGAGUUCUCCAGAGCCAUGAAUGAACUGCAACUCAACGACGCUGAGUUUGCUUUGCUCAUUGCCAUUAGCAUCUUCUCUGCAGACCGGCCCAACGUGCAGGACCAGCUGCAAGUAGAGAGGCUGCAGCACACCUAUGUGGAGGCCCUGCACGCCUAUGUCUCCAUCAACCACCCCCACGACCGACUGAUGUUCCCACGGAUGCUAAUGAAGCUGGUGAGCCUUCGGACUUUGAGCAGCGUCCAUUCCGAGCAAGUGUUCGCACUUCGGCUGCAGGACAAAAAGCUCCCCCCGCUGCUGUCUGAGAUCUGGGAUGUGCACGAAUGACCGCUCUUCCUCCUAUCCUCUGUGGUUUGGGACUGCUCCCGGGAGUGGAGCGGAUUGAGAAGGGCAAACAUUCCUGGGAGCUGGGUGAAGGAGAUCUUUGCAUGGCAUUAAGGGAGAGCCAAAGGUUUGGGUACUCUGUGGCUGCGCGCAGUUAGGAGCCUGCUAACACUGUGCGCCAUCUGAAGACCAUGUUGACCCAACCGAAUAAACUAGCCAAGAGGGCCACUUUGCACAGGGUUCUCCAGGGCCCUGCCCAUCCUU